AUGAAGACUCAAGUAAAACAUCUACAGUAGGAACUCCUCCAAUCGUUGCCGAAUUGGAUAUGAAACUCCUUAGCGAUAAUCUUAAUAAGAUCAUUCGUGGCGAAUUUCAAAAUAUUAAGGGGGAUAUAGAAAAGAUUAGAUGUCGGAUGGAAAAGAUUGACGACGCAGUAAAAAGCCUUGAACAAAGAAAUAAUAUUGAAGGAAGUGAACUUA